AUGCUGCAACCCGGUCAAGAAGUCGGGCCCUGUCACGCUGACCACGUGCUCUCCGCCCUGCGCGACACUAAGGAGGAGUGGGACUCCAGAAUCCGGAGUUUGUUCAGUUUCUUCGACUCCGAUAAUCUAGGGUAUUUGGAUUCCGCUGUGAUUGAGAAGGGGCUUUCUGCGAUGCAAAUCCCCGCGGAUUACAAGUUCGCCAAGGAGCUCUUGUUAGUCUGCGAUGCCAAUCAGGACGGGAGGGUUGAUUACCAAGAGUUUAGGAAGUAUAUGGAUGAUAAGGAGCUCUGGGAUGCUCUUGUCAAAACAGGGAUAGAACUUGAUGAUGAUGAACUUGCUAGUUUUGUUGAGCAUGUCGAUAAAGACAACAAUGGAAUCAUAACAUUUGAGGAAUGGAGGGAUUUUCUGCUUCUGUAUCCGCAUGAAGGCACCAUAGAGAACAUCUAUCGGAAAAGGGUAUAUCUUGUAGAUAUUGGUGAACAGGCAGUGAUUCCUGAAGGCAUCAGCAGGCAUGUUCAUGCAACAAAAUAUUUAAUUGCAGGUGGAGUUGUCGGAGCAGCUUCUCAUACUGCAACUGCACCUCUUGAUCGUCUAAAGGUGACUUUACAAGUUCAGACUACGCAAGCUUCAUCGGUUUGUUCGGCCGAGGGGGAGAGGAAGUAUUCGACCGAACAAUCCCUCUCCAAAUUUAUGUUGGAGAAGAAGGCCAAAGCUACAACAGUGAAGCCGUCGCGUCACAUCUCGAGAAGGCCGACCGGAGCCGCUUCGGCAGGCAGCAGCAAAUGCAAGAAGUCGGCGGUUGAGAAUUAG